GUAAAUGUUUAUUGUUUGUAUGCCAGGAGUGCCUUGGCAUCUUACAAGUCUGUGAGAUUGAUACUAUUAUUAUCAUCUUCAUUUUACCCACAGGGAUACUAAGGUCUGGAGGAGGAGGUAAGUAAAUUUCCUGAGAUCACCGAGCUAGUAAACAGCAAAGCUAGAACUAGAACCUUGGCAGUCUGUUUCCAAAACUCAGUUUUUCUAAUACGUUACUGUGGGAGUCUUAAGAACUUAAGGGGGCAUUAGCAUGGCUGAGGAUAAAUGAAUUAUUAGAAAGAUAUUAAUGAGGUAAGGAUCACUAGAGCUUGGAAUAUGAUCUUGUCUUGGAGACUGACAAAAGUGGGAAUGACAGGUGUCUUCCAAGUUUCUUUGAUGUGAUCUCGGUUUUGCUGUGGUUCAAGACAUAAAGGAGCCUUCCUUUACCACUCAAAGCAAAUCACUGCUUCUUCGCUACAAAUUCCACACCUUGCAUAAACCUCUUCAUUUCAUUUCUUCCUUUUUCCCCUAAUGUCUGAGGCAGAGUUGGGGGUACACAAUUCUGGGCCUCAUUUUCCAUAUUUGUAAAAUGCCUAGAAGUAUUUAAUAGUUCCGAACUUGGUUGUGCUUCCGAAUCCCCUGCUCUAAGUUUAAACAAAACGCAGAUUCCUCACCCCAUUCUCAGAGAUUCUGUUGGUUAGUAUUGGGAUGGGGCUUUUUUUCCCCCAUGAUUCUACGCGGCCACGUGUUGGUAACCAGCGUACAGAUGACUGCGUCCUUCCCAGUCCCACGCGUUUACUCGGAAGGCAGCCUCCGGCCCGGCUCCUGGCCCCGCCCGAGCCCCACCCCCUGCUCCCUUUCGGCCCGGACUGGGUCCCAUUGCCCCACCUCCGGUCGCUCGACGUGCUCUCGCGUAGCUCCGUCUUUCUUAAGUCACCCCGCCUCGCAAGAUGGCUGCGGUGCUGCCGGGCGCGGAGCCGUGGAACCGUGUGAGAAUCCCUAGGGCGGGGAACCGCAGCGCAGUGACAGUGCAGAACCCCGGCGCGGCCCUUGACCUUUGCAUUGCAGGUGUAAUUAAAGAAUGCCAUCUCGUCACACUGUCGCUGAAGAGCCAAACCUUAGAUGCAGAAACAGAUGUGUUAUGUGCAGUACUUUACAGCAACCACAACAGAAUGGGCCACCACAAACCCCAUUUGGCCCUCAAACAGGUUGAGCAAUGUUUAAAGCGUUUGAAAAGCAUGAAUUUGGAGGGUUCAAUUCAAGACAUGUUUGAGUUGUUUUCUUCCAAUGAAAAUCAGCCCUUAACUACCAAAGUGUGUGUUGUCCCCAGUCAGCCAGUGGUGGAGUUGGUGUUGAUGAAGGUUUUGGGAGCCUGCAAGUUGUUGCUCCGCUUGUUGGACUGCUGCUGCAAAACUUUUCUUUUGACUGUGAAACAUCUAGGUUUGCAAGAGUUCAUUAUUUUAAACCUUGUGAUGGUUGGGCUGGUGAGCAGGUUAUGGGUUCUCUAUAAAGGUGUCUUAAAAAGGUUGAUUUUGUUAUAUGAGCCUUUGUUUGGACUGCUUCAAGAGGUCGCUAGGAUUCAACCAAUGCCUUACUUCAAAGAUUUUACCUUUCCUUCUGAUAUCACUGAAUUUUUAGGACAGCCAUAUUUUGAAGCCUUUAAGAAAAAAAUGCCUACAGCUUUUGCAGCUAAAGGAAUAAAUAAAUUGCUAAAUAAACUGUUUUUAAUAAAUGAGCAGUCACCAAGAGCCAGUGAAGAAACCUUACUUGGAAUUUCCAAAAAAGCUAAACAAAUGAAGAUCAAUGUACAGAAUAAUGUGGAUCUUGGACAGCCAGUAAAGAACAAGAGAGUCUUCAAAGAAAAGUCAUCAGAAUUUGAUGUGAGGGCUUUCUGCAACCAGCUGAAACACAAAGCUACUCAGGAGACCAGUUUUGAUUUUAAAUGUUUUCAAUCCAGACUAAAGACAACCAAGUAUUCUUCUCAGAAAGUGAUAGGAACUCCUCAUGCCAAAAGUUUUGUGCAAAGAUUCCGAGAGGCUGAGUCCUUCACACAACUUUCUGAAGAAAUCCAGAUGGCAGUUGUAUGGUGCAGGAGCAAAAAACUCAAGGCUCAGGCCAUUUUUCUGGGUAACAAACUUCUUAAAAGCAACCGGCUUAAACAUCUGGAAGCUCAAGGUACUAGGAACCAUUAAGAAUGUCUAGUGUGCUGAGCCUGAGGAUACAACUGCAUAAAGACAUGACUUGGUCUUCAGGGAGCUCAGGGUCUUCUGGGAAAGGCAGCCCUUCUGCAGACAGCUUCAGUGCAGUGCAGUGGGAUAAGGGCAUGAGAGCAGAAGCAGAAGGUGCCUGCCUUCCAUGAGGCCCACACAAGACUGCUGGGGUCUUGUACUGUUGCUACUUGCUACUGUUUAUAGCAGCUGGACUCUAUCUGUAUUUCUUUUCUGUGAUUUUUAUAUUCACAACUGUUUAAGGGUGCUUAUCUUUGCUUGUGAACCAGUAUUGCAUGAAGUAUUACAUGAAUUUAGACAUUAGACACUUCAGGGCUUAACGGUAAUGAUUUCAGACACAAAUAUGUAUUAAGAGCCUAUUCCACCUUCACAGAGGCAAUUAUUCUGACCUGUUUUUUAUUGUAUUCUUUAACAAGUGUCCUGUGCAUGCCCCAUAAUUUCUUAUCCAUAGUUAUAGAGCUAUUCAGGGAUUUAAAGUUCAUUCCUGGGGAUGAACCACGUAUUGAAAAUUUGUUAAAUUUUCUUUUAAAAUUUACAUAAAAUAUAUUCCUGUUUUAGAAAAAAAUUAGUAUACAGUGAGGGUUUUGUAACACAUUUUGAUUAAAAGCUAUGGGAAAAGUGGUUGAAUAUUCCUAAGGGAUAAAGUGCUUGAGGGGUUUUUACAUUGAGAUUGGGUCCCCUAAAGGUCUGUAAUAAUCUAAAAGUGAUGUAUCCUAUGGCUGGAAAUGCAGCCUGACAUGGAGAGAAGCGUUCUGUUUAAAAUUGGGUUUAAAAUCAAGGGUAGAUGAGGCAGAGGUAACAACUAAAAGUUAAUGAGAAGGGUAGCAAACUGGUGUUUAUUGGUUAAACCAUUAGUACUCCCCCAGAUAUAGUGCUCCUUCAUAUAUUGCCCUGUUUUGCUGUUUCAUUAAUAUAUUUGUAGUAAACUUUAUAAUUUAUUUAAUGUCCAUAAUAACACUGUGAGGUAGACAGUAUUAUUCCCAUUUCAUAGAUGGGUAAAUGGAGGAUUUUGCUCAAGGGGUUAGACGUGGAACUCAGUUCAGGCCUUCUGUUUUCCUUUCAACUCUAAGUACACCCACCUUCUCCCCACUUAAAAGCCACUGCUUAUAGUAAGAUAAGAAAAUGGUAUGGAAGCAAAGAUCAUGAUUUACUUUAUUAUAAUGGGCUUCCUCAAAGUUUUAUAUCCAUGCCCAUCUUAUAAAAUCUAUCACAAACAGUGAAACAAUUCAGCAAGGCACUGAUGAACCUGGUGGCAGUGUACCGUGUGUGGAAGCAAAACACCUAAAAUGAUCAGCUGUUUGAUUUCUAAAUUUCCAAACUUAAAGAUGACAUAUGAAUCAUAAUUAGGGUAGCCUUAAGGCUGUCUGUGUGUCUGGGCCAGAAGCCCUGUCUUCAUAUUCUUUUAUAAACCCCUCUUAGCCUUUAUUCCUUUUUCCUUGUUCAUUUCCUGUCACAGCAUGAAGCUGAUUAUCCAGAUUCGGAUUAAUACGUACUGGCAGAUUUUUUCAUUUGUGAUGCUUCCUCAUGUCCACUCAUUACAUUAUGAACAGAUUAGCAGUUAUGAGGGAAAAGCUCUGACACUAAAGUAUAGAGGUAUCUCGCCAUUCAGCUAAUUGCUAGGCAGCUGUACUUUUGAGAGUCUGAAAGCAAAAUGGGGACACAUUCGUCUACACUUCAAUCAGAGGGCAUUUGUGCUCUCAAAAAACAGACUUGGGGUGAAAUUUUUCGAUGUGGUUCUGGGAUUGUACACAGGCAUAGGACUUGUAGAUAAGUUGUGUAUUUUUCUUUUCAGUUGGUAAAUUAAAAGUGCUUGAGAAUGUUUUUCUGCAUCUUAAGCCCAGAUUUUUCCUCUUUUAAAGUUUGCCAAAGAAACUAGAGUGCAUAAAAACGUCUAUUUGCAACCACCUUCUUCGUGGCUCAGGUAUCAAAACUUCAAAGCAUCAUCUGAGACAGAGAAGAUCACAGAAUAAAUUUUUACGGAGACAAAGGAAACCACAGAGAAAGUUGCAGUCGACUCUUUUAAGGGAAAUUCAGCAGUUCUGUCAAGGGACUCAGAAGAGUGCUACAGAUACCAGUGCUAAGUGGAGACUCUCACACUGUACUGUGCAUAGAACUGAUUUCUACCCUAACAGUAAGCAACUCUUAAAUAGUGGAGUUUCAAUGCCUGUCAUACAAACUAAGGAGAAAAUGAUUCAUGAAACUCUUAGAGGCAUCCAUGAAAAUGAAACUGAUUCGUGGACGGUGAUGCAAAUAAAUAAAAACAGUACGUCAGGAACCAUUAAGGAGACAGAUGACAUUGAUGAUAUUUUUGCUUUAAUGGGAGUUUAGAUGUUCGUUCAUAUGUGAGACUUUUAAGUGAUUAACAAGGCUAGUUCAGUGUUCUAAGUAGAACUGCUAAGAUCUGGAAGUACCACCUGGACUCACAGAGGAGCUGCUUUAGUGCAGCAUUGCACAGGAGUUCAUUUCAGUUCAGUCUACAUUUAAAGUAGCAUUGUGUCAUUUCAUCAACAAGUAUUUCUUUUUGGCUUCAACUACAUGUCAGGUGUUAAUAUGAAAAAUCUGCCACAGCCUACCCUUGAGAAGCAGAUGUAAUUCCUUGAGUGAGGCUAGUAAGUCGCUGAAAAACUGAAUAAUUUUAUGACUUACUAGGCAAUUUAAUAAUCAUUUGCAAAAACCAUUGUGUCUUGAGGUAAAUGAGGAGGGAGGGUGGGGGAUAGCAAGGAAACACCUGAAAGGUCAAUUUGGUCUUAUUGGCUCCAUUGUACAUAGGUCCGCCUCUGAAUACUAAAGUUCGUAGCUCCUGACAGUUAUGUUGUCUUGUUUAUAUGUUGGAAUUGAUCAACAAGCUUUGCCACUGCUUGUAUUACCAGGGACUGGUUACAACCAUUAUUUCUCUUCAUUUGCUCGGCUUAUCUCAUAUUAAAGUGAGUUUGGAGUUCUCCAAAA